AAAUUAUUUUAAAAAUUGUAUUUUUGUUGUAAACUUACGAAAAAGAAAAUGGACAUAGAUGCAAAAUUAUAUCAUAGGAUAUGCGUUGCCGAGACAAAGGAUGGCAAAAAUUUUGUCAACAAAAUCCGGUCCGAUAUGCCACAAAAACAAAUAGACAAUAGAUCAAUCAAACUAUGCUUAGACAUCGGUUGCGGCCCCGGGAAUGUCACCAAAAUAGUAGCUGAUACAUUAAAUUGUGACAUGCUCGUCGGGGUCGACAUUGACCCUAACAUGAUAGCAUUUGCCAAACAAAACUACCUGGCCAAAAACAUCGCGUACGUUAGGCAAGACUUUGGCGCCCCCUGGGAGUCGCUGGCACCGCAAGUGCGCCAACUCGAGGGUCGGGUGGAUAUCGUGUACUCAAGCCAUACGUUACAGUGGAUUACGCGCAGAGACAACGUGGCCGACAAUAUACGCCGACUGUUGGCGCCCGGGGCUCGCGCCUACCUAUCCUACGCGGGCGAACCCUACUAUAAGGACCUUGUUACAAAUGGGUUUGUGCGGGCGAUAUUUUGGCUGUUAGUGUGGGUCGGGUGGUUGCGCAGUGAGCCCGAGCACGAGCAACGGGCCCAAUACGCCCGGGCCUUUGAAAAGGGAGGCCUAAAAAUCGUGUCACACGAGCGAUACGAUGGAAGCCAUAAAUGA